UAGUCGGCAGAAGCCGUCGUGUUAGGGAGAUAUUAAUAUUUCAUUUCUCUAAUUUGUGAAAUUAUGAAUACGCGUUGAACUUUCACUCUUACCCAAAUCAAACACUUUCUUUCAUAUUAAGCUUUUCACCAACCAUUCCAUUCUUACCCUUAACCCCAUUUUAAAGAUCCACUCAAGUUUUUAUUUUUCUCAUUCCCACUAUUUUCUUUAUUAAUCACUCUUAUCAUUCCUUAUAUACCAAUGUUAGGAUCAUCACCACCCUCUUUUUUUGAAUGUUGACAAUUGUUGGCGCAGUGUUACUGGAGGGUUCUGAAUUGCGUCUUUGAUUGGAAUAUCUGACUCUGCAAUUGGGUCAGUUUGAAAGUUUCAAAAGGGGGCAGAGAAAGCGUGGUUUUUUCCAUUUUUUAUUUUUAAGGGUUCAGGGACGGGAAAUUCCCAGCUUUGUUUUUUUUUUUUUGAAGGACGACAACAAAUUGAUGCAUGAGCAUUAGUUGGUGACUUGCAUGAUGGAGUUGUAGGUGGAAGAUUGCGAUCGUGGUUCUUGAUUGAAGGAUAAUAAUAUUAUUGUAUAGUUGAAUAAUAGCUUCGUGGUGCAACAUGGGGUGCAUAGCUUCCAAGAGUGCAGCUGUUGAUGACAGCAGGGAGGGUGUGGCAAGGGAAUUAACUUCAUCUAGCAGAAGGACAUCUGAGAUAAAGGCUUCUGCAUUGGGUUCCAAGAAAAGGGUCGAUGGAGUUUGGGGGAAAGAUAAGGUUUUAGAUGGUGCUGAUAUGAAAGUUUCACUAAUUGGCAAGGAAUCUGGUGGUUCGAUGCGGUUGUUUGAUUAUCAGAAUGGGAAGAAGAAAAAGGAGAAACCUGAAUCGGCUGUUCAUGAUCAUCCUGGUGUUGGAAGGGUUCCCAAGGGUUUAGAAGGAGAGCAAGUCGCAGCAGGUUGGCCAACUUGGCUUUCUUCUGUUGCUGGUGAAGCUAUCCAAGGAUGGAUACCACGGAGGGCAGACACUUUUGAGAGGUUUGGUAAAAUUGGCCAAGGAACCUACAGUUCUGUGUAUAAGGCACGUGAUUUGACUCACCAAAAGAUCGUUGCAUUGAAGAGGGUACGCUUUGAUAAUUUUGAUGCUGAGAGUGUCAAGUUUAUGGCAAGGGAGAUUCUUGUUCUGCGUAGGCUUGACCAUCCAAAUAUAAUAAAGCUGGAAGGAUUGAUAACGUCGCAGACAUCUCGCAGCUUGUACCUUGUUUUUGAAUACAUGGAACAUGAUCUUACAGGACUUGCAUCAAGUCCUAGCAUUAAGUUUUCCGAACCUCAGAUUAAAUGCUACAUGCAGCAGCUUCUUAGUGGAUUGAAUCAUUGUCAUAGUCGAGGUGUCCUCCACCGUGACAUAAAGGGCUCAAAUCUUCUCAUUGACAAUAAUGGCACCUUAAAGAUUGCAGAUUUUGGUCUGGCAAAUUUUAUUGAUCCCCAUCACAAGGUUCCAUUGACCAGCCGUGUUGUAACUCUGUGGUAUAGGCCACCAGAACUCUUACUCGGAGCGUCUAAUUAUGGAGUUGCAGUAGAUCUAUGGAGCACUGGUUGCAUACUGGGGGAAUUAUAUAGUGGCAGGCCUAUUUUGCCUGGAAAAACAGAGGUUGAGCAAUUGCAUAGGAUUUUUAAACUUUGUGGCUCACCGUCUGAAGACUAUUGGCGUAAGCUGCGGUCACCACAUUCAACAGUAUUCAGGCCUCCCCAUCAUUAUAGGCGUUGUGUUGCUGAAACAUUUAAAGAAUAUCCAUCUGCUGCCACAAAGCUCAUUGAAUCCCUACUUGCUUUAGAUCCCACACUUCGAGGAACAGCAGCUACAGCCCUGAAGAGUGAGUUCUUUUCAACGGAACCCCUUCCUUGCGAUCCAUCAAGUUUACCAAAAUAUCCUCCCUGCAAAGAGAUGGACACUAAAUUUUGGGAAGAAGCAACAAGGCAAGGAGCUGAUGGGAGAAAGGAGAAGAAAAAUGGACCAAGAGUUCGGCAAGAGAAAGAACCUCAGACAUUUAUUUUAUCAAAAGACAAUGAGGACUGUCGCGUAUCAAUGCAGCAAGGACAACGCCUUCCUAACUCAAGGAGCCGGAACGAAUUCUUCAACCCUCACAGAGAACCUGUUUCUGGACAUUUGGUUUUUCCACAGAAAGUGUCAGAGGAUCAUAAAUCAUCAGUAAAUUAUUUCUCCGGGCCUCUUUAUCAGAGGCCUAUGCAUUCAGGUCCAUUGGUUCCAGGCAAUAGCUGGGAAAUGGCUGUAAAGGAAGCUGGUGAGCAGCCCUAUGUUUCAAACAAAGCCGCCCUACCAAAACUAUCUGGAGUGGCAUCUAGGACUUCAUUAUCCGGAGAUAAAAAGGAAAACCAUGUUUCUUCAAGACCCCGAGAAGCAAUUCAAGCACAAAGAUCUUUGGAGUCAACUAAUGCUGGAUCAGAGUCAAGAAGAAGGCAUGAUAAGAAGCGCCAUUCUCAGAGAAUUGAUCACAGGCAAAUCGAAAACGCUAGAGUCUCCACUCAAACAUUAAUUCAGGAGGGCCAUGGACCCAUGGGGAACAAUAUCUGCCACCUCUCUGGUCCAUUACUGGUUUCAUCAAACAAUGUGGAUCAGAUGCUCAAAGAGCGUGAUCGAAAGAUCCAAGAAUAUUCGAGACGAGCACGAAUGAACAAGUCGGGUGAGAUAGCUCGUGCAAACCAAAAUUAGGAUGAUUAUUAGUCAAUUACAUAUAAAUUUUUUUUUCUAGUUAUACAACUAGAUAUAUUUUAAAUGACAACAAAAUUUAUAUCAAAAUUAUAGAAAGAGAAGGGAAGGAGUGUGUUCACUGUUCAUUACUCUUCCUUUGUAAGUUACAGGGAUAUAGUGUAAAUUGAGGCUUUUAUAACAAGAGUUUGAUGUUCUUCCAUUCACGUUCUUGUAUAUGCAAUCCAAAUUUUCAAAA